GGUCUUGCUUGCUUUGAUGGAAUUAUUGCUAUUCUUGCUUUUACUCAGCUAGCACGGAUUCACUCAAGGAAUUCACAGCUAGGAUGGACCCGCCAAAAAGUAAGUUUUAUAAAUUACUUUCUGUGACUUUUUAGUUGAAUUAAAAGAUUUCUAUUUGAAUGUAAACUAUUUCAUAGGCUAGCUAGUUUAACACAAUGUCAUCAGACCAGCUGGUCAAGUGGGGACUUGCACCUUGAUCUGAUCUGUGUGAGUCAUCUGACCCUUUAAGGCAGAACCUGGGAAAAUUGUCUGAACAGAAAGAAAUUUUGGUGACUCUUCUGACACUGCUUGACUUGAACUUGGAGAAACAGGUAGGUUGAAAUUAAGUUGCAGCUACAGCAUUCAUCAGUUCUUAAAGUUUUGAGCCCAGGAGUUUGUAGUAGGCCUUGGAGGAGAAACCUAUUUGACCAACAUUUCCUGGACUUCAAUGCUUGCUUUUGUAAUUUCUACACUUCUUGCAAGUAUCAGAAAUUUUGUGUAUGCCCCUAACACUGGCAGAAAACUCUACGUUGGACUCCUGUACUUUUUUUAAUUUUGUAAGUUUGUAGCCGAUGAGGAAAGUGUGAUAAAACAUAAAUUAUUUACUAAAAGAAUUUGAUAUAAGUUGUUUAGUGACCAGCCUUGGGAACUAAGAACCUUAAUGAGUAACAAUGUAGCUAAAUCAUUAAUCUAUUAUCUGGCCUUUGUACUGGGAUGAUUAGGAAACAUGCUGUACCAUCCUGGAAUUAGAGAUGAUUAAACUUAUCUAUGGUCCAGUGGAGGCAGAAGAUAGAGUUAGGGUUGAUGUCAAGUCAAUGUUCAGUAAGGUCCAUGUAUUGGUGUCAAGUCAAUGUUCGGUAAGGUCCAUGUUCGGUAAGAUAGUGUUGGGGUUGAUGUCAAGUCAAUGUUCAGUAAUGUACGUGUAUUGGUGUGCAUAUAUGUAAAUGAUUUAUGAUAAUGCUUUUUUUUUUUUCUUCUUUUCUCCUUUUCCUCCUCUUUCUUUCUUUUCUAAUUCAUGGUACAUCUAACUUACUAUGUUGGUUGGCCGAAAAAAAAGAGUUACUAUGUUGAUUUCUAUUUCCAAAUGUAUUGACUUGUUCUUGACCGAAAUGAAUGUGAAUAACAGGUGUUUCAUUUACUGAUUGGGUCUACCAAUGCUGGUAAGAAUUUUUAUUUUACACUUAUGUUGACCCGUUGGCCUUAUAUGCGUAGGUUGAUUUGAAUCACAUCUCUGAUUCAAAUUGAAUUGCCAAAUUCUCAUCUACCUGCAGGUUACUUCGUUUAUUUUGUCUUGACUCUCGUUGCUGCAUGCCGAGGAUGGCUAUGCUGGUCAUACUCUUGUGGCUUUGUAGCCAUGGCCUUCCCCAGAAUUCUUUUCUUUGCAACAUUUCUUCUACUUUUGUCAUUCUGGUAUGUUUCCUCAGUAACUUAUUUACAUUUUCUUUGUGUGAAAUAUGAUCAUGUAUCUUAGAUAACUUUUUCAAAUGCAAGGAAAACGUGCUCUCUAAAGAUUGGAGAUAUUUGCAAGAAUCAAGAUAUGCAGCUUUCCUUUAUUUUUGUUUUUGUUUCUAGUAAAAGGAAAUAGAAAAAGGAAAAGGGAGAUCGAAUUUAGUGCUUGACUUUAAAUCAUCAUGUCUUAAUCAAUCAAUGUACCAGAGAGCUUUCUCUUUUCUUCUUUUCCCAGGGUCAUCCAAUGCAAUGCUGUACCCCAUGUCUCUGUGGCGGAUUUUUUAUAGGGUCGACCUUUGCCACCAGGCAGAUGAUGAAGAGGAAGAGGAUGUUGAACAGGGCUUUCUAGAAGCUUUACUACAAAAUUCUUUAAAUAGACCUAGGUCAUCAAUCGCAGAUGGUUACAGAAUAUGUUAUCCUUUCCGUUUAAUUCAUAUUGGAAGCCGUCAAAAAGUAGUGAUUCUGGUUACUGUUCUUGUAUUUCUUUUUAUGAUGACAUUUUCUGUGCUAAUCUGGAUUCGAAUGGAAGAUAAUCCUAUUGAUUCAUCAACUGUGGCUCGGGUUUAUGUAGAUCUUUUUGCUGUGGCAAUACUACUAUUAGGUGGAGCGUUAGCAUGUUAUGGGCUCCUAUUGUGUCAGAAAAUGAGGAAUGUUAGAUCUGAAAGAGCUUCAUCUGAAAUUUGGAAGGUUGCAGGUUUGGCCAUUGUAUCUGUUCUAUGUUUCACAUCAAGUGCUUUUGUGGCUCUUUUCACUGAUAUUCCGGUGCUUUAUCACUGGCAUGAACUGCACAUAAAUGGUGUUUAUACUUCUCUUUUACUGAUUUUAUAUUAUUUUAUAGGUUCAUCAGUGCCCUCAGCUUUUGUAUUAUGGGUCAUGAGAGAAUUACCACCUAUGUCAAUAGCUAACAUACCAGGGGAAUCAACAACAAUAACUUUUAUUACUGAUAGUUCAGCUGAAGUCCACCAUCCACAGGGCUGGACAACUGCAGCAAGCUCACAGAAUCAGGUUCACAUCUCUUUUUGUCUUUAUAUUAGAUUUAUACAGAAUUUGCUUAUUCAUGUGUAUUUCUGUUCUCUGUGUCAGCCUGAUCUUUCAAAUUUCACUUGUUUUUAUAUGAGAUACAUGGUCUUUCUAUCGCUCCCUACUUGUAUUGGGAAUGUCGUAGCAUCAUAUUAUCUUCAUAUCAGAUAUACCUCGGAGAGUUGUUCUGAUUUAGUCAGGGAUUGGUUGGUACAAAUAUUGCCCAAACGCCAAUUCCAUUCAUUGAUAAUUGAGAAUUGAAAAUGAUCUUUUGUGCCAAUGCAUGUUUAAAAAUGUGAAGAUUGAAUAAUGUCUGCGGUUCUUUCAGUUCUGAAAAAUAUCAUUCCUCUAAUAUCUAUACAACAAUAGGUAAUUAAUAAGGGGGGUAGUGUACCUAUCCACAUUGGAAAAUAGUGACUAAACCUUACAUCAGUUCAAUAUAUUUUUAAUUGAAUAUUUCUGAAGAAUGGUUCUAGAUUGCUGUACAAUGCCAGUUUAAAAUGAUAAAAUGAUAUGUGCGGUGCAACGAACAUAAUAUUGUAUGCAGUCGAUAUUAUUUAAUGAACUGAUGCAUCUUUCUUAUUUGCUUUUGAUUUUUAUUUUGUGCACUGCUACAUCUUCCUUAUUUGCUUCAAAGAUGUUCAUUAAGAUGGUUGUAGGAGAUACAGAAAGGACCUUUAGUGACUUGAGCUUCGUUAGCGCAGGUAUCAAGAGGUAGUCCUAUAUAAUUGCUCUUUCAUACAGAAAUAUGCAUGCUUAUCUUCCUAAGUGGGCAAUGUGAGCUGGAAAUUGAAACAAUCGGGUCAAAUAAGAGUUUGGAUUGCGCAAAUGAGCAGUGAUCAAAAGGUUACAAUAGCUAACUUUACAGGGCAGCCGUGCCAUUGCCAUUGCCAUGUUUUUGACAUUUGGAGCAUGUAAAUAGCAACGGAAAGAUAGAUGCUUCUUUUUCUUUUGGUCUUUUAAGCUUUCUCUUCCCGUAGUUGUCCGAUUCUAAAGACAUUUGAUUUGCCACUUUAGUCUUCACAACACUCGUAGGUAUCAAAUGGUUUCCAUGAUAGAUAAAUUAAAGCCAUUAUUAUUGAUCAAGGGUGGUCGCAUGUGCCUAAAAUUUAUAGAUGACAAAUCUACCAGCUUCUUUCUCUCUAUUCUUCCCCCUUUUUAUUUUUGCCUAUUUUGCAUAAUGUCAUGCCUUAUGGGACUAUGGCAUAUCAUUGGAGAAAUAUGUUAUCCCGAAGAUAUACAAGUGUGCUAUAGGGAAUUUCAUAUCAUUUCGUAUACUCAAGCAAGGGCAGCAGGCUUUACAUUUCAAAUUCUCUGUCAUUUGUUAAUUGGGAUCAUGUCAAUAAACAAGCCUUCAAAGCAUCUCACAUCCCAACAAAGCAAUGUUAUCUAAUCUAGGAGGCAUUUUGACAAACUUGUCUUGUGCACAAAGUCCUUGCAUAAACCAAAGAGUUCCAAUGCCAACUCAAAUAGGGGACACAGACUAAUAGUAGGAAUAAAUUAUUAUUUUGGUUUAGGUCCAAAAGCUUCGAGGCAAUAACUGCAAACAAAAAAAUGAUCAAAGUUGGUCGGUACCAUUCCUUUGUAUUAUAGAUGUAAUCUCCUCCUACCCGAACACGCCCUUUAGGAACCUAACUAAAAGCAAAUAAAUAAAUACUGAAUAAUAACUUAAAAAAAAAAAAAAAAAAA